AUGUUUGAGGUGAAAAUUUACUACCCGCAGUUGUUUCUGUCAGUGACCAACAUGUCUGACAUACGAGCUGUGCAGGACUGUCAGAGACUAGGGUCUAUGCACGUGACAACUGAUAUCAGCAUUGCAGAUAUUGUAUUCUCUUCUCGUUCGCCUAUCUGUUUUACAGCGCUCCGGACGCUGAAGAUCGUCAGAGGGAACCCGACACUGACACUCUUCAAGCCGGGCACUAGGGCAGAAUGUGCCAUCAUCUCUGCCCUGGAGCUGUGCCCGUUUCUCACAGAGCUGAGCCUCGACGUAGAGUCCCUGUCGGCGAACUACUUGGACUCUCUGGAAGGGCUCGGCCGGCUGGAGGUUCUGAGAAUCCACUGCCGCAGUCUGAACGACCUGACAUUCCUACGGCACUGCUCGGAUAAACUGGAGGAACUGGAACUGGAAAGUUGCGACGACUUGCCUUCGGCUGCGUACGCGGAGCUCCGCCACCUAGGGAAACUACAGAUGUUGCGGCUGUGCGACUGCCGUGUGGGGGGAGCGGAUAUGGAGGUGGCCGCGGCAGGUCUGAGGUCUCUCGAGAAGCUGCAGUUGGACCGUUGCGGAAUGCUCUCGGACCUGUCCUUCUUGCGGUUCUGCAGCCAGCUGCGGGAGCUCCGCGUCGAGGCCGAGGACGUGGUGCUGACUGGUCUGAAGCACCUGCCCACCGGACUCCGCUCGCUCUGCCUCGUCAACAACGCUCUGACCGGUGACGAACUCUCUGAGGUGCUCCCGUUCCUGCGGCUGCUCGAGGAACUGAACCUCUGCAACACGGAGCUGGUCCAACUGGGCUUCCUCCGCUACUGUCGCAGACUGCGCCGCCUCUGCCUCAAGAACUCUACCUGGCCCGACACGUCGGAACUGUCGAGCCCGUGCAAUCUGACGCGGCUCGAGACGUUGGUCCGAGAAGGUGCGGGGACGAUGUGGACGUACUCUCCGGAACGGUGUCGUCACUGCCGCGACUGGACACUCUGUCGCUGGCCUACGUACAGGACGCCGCCGGGAGGUCCCUCAGCCAGUGGUCGCAACGUCGCGCUUUGUUGCUUUUCUGAGUUUACGGGUUGGAGGUGGAUGCCCAUCGGGAACUUGAACACCUGA